AUGUCCCCCGUGGAACGUUUGCGUUUAUUGAAGGUAUUGAUACUGUGGUCACUUUCGUCGUCCGAAGCGGUCCAGGCGAAGAUUAAAGAAUCCUACAAGCAGGCGCGUCACGAUGAUGAUCUCAAUCAACCAUUGUCUGUCCAACCCUGGGGGCGGGAUAACCUGAAACGUCGUUAUUGGCUUAUCGAAGGGCACGAUGAUACAAAUUUCCGUCUCUACCGCGAAAGUAACCCGGCUCUUAAGCACAACACUUGGUGGAGCAUCGCGGGGAGUAUUCCCGAGCUGGAGGCCGUCGUGGAGAAACUUGAGGGCGAAAAAGGCACAAACUCGAAGAAGCUUAGCGAAAGAAUUCGCGCUUCGAUCCCUCGAUUUGAGGCAUCAGAAGAGAAACGGAGACGCCGCGAAUAUCGUCUCGCACGAAAGGCUGCCUUCGUUCGUCCGGAUCCUGGGUUCUCCAUGUAUGAAGGUCGUACACGCGGCAAGAAACUGAAAUACACAUACUCGGACGACGAAGACAUCUUUUCUGACGAUGAGCCUUCCACCCGUCGUUCUACUAGAAAUGCGGUUCCUACGGAAGCUUCCACACAGUCUAGACGCACUCGAUUCACGGCAAGCGGGAGGCAGAUUCGAUCUCGCGCCGGUGGUCUCUAUGGCGAGGCUCUGUUGACUGGUCAACGCAAUGGAACCGAUGACGAAGAGUUCGAUGAAGAUGAGGAAGAAGAAGUAAGCAGACCGCAGAGGGCUCGGACUUCGACCCACCCCAACGGAUACUCUGGAUACGACGCCGAUGAUUUGGAGGAUGCAUCUGAAGUCCAUUCAAGCGCGAAUGAAAGCGGCAACGAAUGGCGAGGCGCUGAAGACGAUCUGGAGCACGAUUUGGAAGCCGACAACGAAGAGGAAGAAGCAAGCGCAGAUGAGUCAACCGGCAAUGAGGAGCCAGAAAGCCUUGUUGUGCAACUUAGAUAUGGUAAGGGAGAUGCAUCUAGCAAUCCGGAGGUCGAGAUUGAAAAAUCACCACCUGCGGAAGAUAUCGAAAUGAAGGAUGCCGGAGAAGCUGCAGCAGCUUCCUCCGCCAAACCACCGCCGACGACCCUCCCCCAUCAAUCAGAGUUGGGUGUGCAGCAGGACCUGACCACAAUUGCACCUUCACACCCUUCUGCUCCGAUACCCCAAGUCCCGACUAAUCCUGCAGCAGCCGUAGCUGCGCCAUCUGUUUCUUCGAACGGUGUGAAUCAAACUUGA